AUGAACAAUACAAAAAUACAAGUGGAGGUGGACCCCACCGAAGACACAGAAUGGAAUGAUAUCUUAAGACAACACGGUAUCAUUCCCGAAAGACCACCAUCACCAACUGAAGAAUUAGAAGCAGCACUUGAAGAAGCAGUAAGGAAACAACAUGAAAAUCGAUUAGACAGUAAAGAUCUUGAUGAGUUAGAAGAAUUAGAAGAUGAAGAAGAUGAAGAUUUUUUGAAUUUUUAUAAACAAAAAAGAAUGAAUGAAUUAAAACAACUUACAGAAAAGAAAAAGUAUGGAUAUGUAUUACCGGUGAGUAAAAAUGAAUAUGAAGAUGAAAUUACUAAAGCUUCUAAAGAUACUUAUGUAUUGGUUCAUAUGUCUUUACUGUCAAGUUUACAGAGUAGAUUAUUAGGUUCAAUUUUGUCAACUAUUGCUACUAAGUUUUCUGAAUUGAAGAUUUGUGAUAUACCUGCCACUAGAUGUAUUGAGAAUUAUCCAGAAUCAAAUUGUCCUACAUUGGUGAUAUAUCAUAAGGCCAAUGUAAUUAAGCAAUAUAUUACUUUAACUCAACUAGGUGGAAAUGCAACUACAGUAAAAGAUAUUGAAAAAGUAUUGGUUGAUGUCGGUGCAAUUGAUAUUAAUGAUAAAAGAUUAUUAAUAAAUCAAGAUGAUGACGAUCUUCAAGAAGAAAGAAGAUUGAGAUUUACUAAGAAAUCCGUAAGAGGUAAAGGAGAUAUUGGUGUGGGUGAAGAUGAUAGUGAUGAUGACUUUUUUGAUUAA